AUGGAGGGAGCCCUCAUGCACCACAUGGUCACACAACACACUGCAGCACCCGACAACACGGCGCUGAGGGACACUGCUCAAGCUAGCGAUUCGGAGGAUGACGAAAUCGCCCGAUGGGAGCGCGAGCAAAUGCGCAAGGGCGCCGGCCAAUCGAAAGGCCCCAAUGGAUGGGGAGUAUCCUCUCAAUCAAUGGGAUCAUCGGAAACGAUAUCUACAGCACAUCUCAUGCGGCAGGAAGCCAGGUUAGACAUCCCCCAACUCAGCAACAACACGCCGGUAAGCGUGGAUCAAGUGAUUGCCAAGCUCGCAGUUACCAUUAACAGCGUCACACUAAAGUACAAUGAAGAUAAUGGACAAUUAACCAGGACGAAAGACUCGCUAGACGGCGCAACGGACCGAAUGAACAAGCUAGGAAAUGCCUACACAGCGGCGAAAGAGACGUACUCGUACUUCAGCGACAUCAGGU